AUGCCUGCGCGAACACAAUUUGGCCUCCCCACCGUCUUCACCGGCCUCUUCAUCUUCGCUGUCCUGACUUUCAUCUACCACAACCUCGACCAAGUCCCAACCUCGACCAGGAUGGCCAGCCAAGACGACAAACUCCUCUCCCAGCUGCACGUCUCGCUCAGCCAGGCGUCAAAGUCCCCGCCGGCGAUUUCCAUCAAGGUGACCAACAACUCCCCCUCGUCCGUCACCAUCCUCUCGUGGGAGUCGCCCCUGGACGAGCUGGCCCUGUCGCUCGGCCUGCUGAGCAUCACGCCCUCUGGUGCGUCCGAGCCGCUGGAAAUAGCCCGCAUCAUGGUCUCGCGCAAGAUGCCUCCCAGCGACAACUCCCUCAUUAGCCUGGCCCCCGGGGAGAGCCGGGAGAACCAGGUGGUGCUCAAGGAGCUGCUGGUGCCGGCCGAGAAGCUCAAGGGCAAGAAGUCGAAGGUCGAGGUGAAGGGCCGGUGGAUGGGAGUUUGGCCAAAGUCAAGGGAUGAGCUGACCAGCGAGGCGAUCGAGAAGGGGGCCUACGGUGGCGGUGCUGUCGCUGGUACAUAUGCGUCGGACAGCAUCGAGAUCCAGGUCGACUGA